AUGGGAUCGAACUCAAGGUGUUGUAAACCAUGCAUAGGAGAUAGGAUCAGUGGAUUGCCUGAUGCAAUUCUUAGCCACAUUCUUUCUUUCCUUACAACAGAAGAUGCUGUGAAGACCAGCGUUUUGUCACAUAGAUGGUUCGAUGUGUGGACUUCUGUUCCCAAGAUAAACUCAACUCUUGGUUCACAGGCAGCAUUUGAACCUUUUGCGCAGUUUGUGGACUGUGUACUUUUCUUUCGUGGCUCGUCAAACAUUCAUACCUUCCAGCUUCGUUGUUCUGUGAUCGAGGAGGAUUUUUGUCGUAUUGAUCCCUGGAUUUACACUACUGUUAGGCGUAAUGUUGUCGAAUUUGAAUUUGACCUCAAUGUGGAUGUGGACUCAAAGUCACACAGAUAUGAGGGUUAUGAGUUGCCUAGAAGGCUUUUGAUGUGCAACACAUUGGAGGUUUUGAAGCUGACUCUGAAUCAUAAAGAUAUUAUCAUCAAUCCUCCCUCUGAUUGUUUCCCAAGUCUUAAGUUCCUCCAUGUUACACUCCAGUAUCCUGGUGGUCGCUCAUUGGAGAAACUCCUUACUUGCUGCCCCGUACUCGAAGAUUUGAUUAUAGAGGGACACCUUAAAGAUGAUUCAGUUGUGAAUAUUAAUGUCUCUGCGCCUAAACUAAAAAGACUUCGAAUGCGUUUGUCCAUGAAUCUAGUCCGUUGGGAUGAAGGUGAUUACAAAAUGUUAGAAUACAAAUGCAAAAGAAUUUACAUUAAUGCUGAUGCUCCGAAUCUUGAAGAGUUCAAUCUCCAGGAUAAUUUCUUGGUGAGCUAUUCUUUGAACAAUGCAAAAUCCCUAAGGAAAGCCAUGAUUGAUUUGGGGCGCCUGUAUACAUUAGAGGACCCUGACUUUGCCCGUGACUCUGCCGAUCGUAUGCAUAGGCUUUUUGCAGGAAUUCACAAUGUUACAUAUUUAUCACUUUCAUCUCCAGUUUAUGGGGAUCGUUUCACUCGAGAUCGAUAUCAUCUACCUACAUUUAAUAUUUUGAACCGCUUGGAGCUACAUCUUGAACCCUGCUUCUCGUGGCAGUUUUUGACAAAGUUGCUAAAUAUAUCGCCCAAUCUGGAAUAUCUUGUCUUCACAAUUCUCAUCAGCUACUCUGCGAAACUGGAAAACCAUGAGAGUGAGUUUGCAGUAGGUCAAUGGAGUCAACCAGAUUUUGUGCCUAUCUGUUUGUUGUCAAGCCUCAAGAAAAUUUGCAUACAAGGAUUCCAUGCGUGGCCAGAUGAGAUAGAAGUGGUGAGGUACUUAUUGAAGCACGGUGAAGUAUUGAAUACGGUGAAAAUUUGUCCUUCUUACUUUCAUUCAGAAGAAGAGAUGAAGCUAAGGCAGAAACUGUCAAUGUUCCCAAAGGGUUCAAGGACUUGUCAAAUUGAAGUUAUGAAAAUCAAGUCCUAG